UCCCGUCCCAUCCCAUCCCCUAACUGCUGUAUCUCCCACGGGCCAGGCUCAGGGCACAGCCCAUCCCAAGGCCAAACGCGUCCGCAUUUCCAUUGUGGAGGAGAUGAUUCUGGGUGACAAGAUGACCCCGGCAGAGAUCCUGGAGUGGGAAGAACAGCAGCUGGACCAGCUGGUGGACUUCAGCAGUGCCAAGAUCGACCCUGCACCCUUCCAGCUGGUGGAGCACACCUCGCUGCACAAGACCCACACCAUCUUCUCUCUGCUGGGCCUGGACCAUGCAUUUGUCACCAGCAUUGGGCGGCUGGUGGGCAUGGUGUCCCUCAAGGAGCUCCGCAAGGCUAUCGAGGGCUCGCUGACGGGCAAGGGGGUGAAGGUGCGCCCGCCACUCGCCAGCUUCCGUGACAGCACCGCCAGCACCACUGAGGCCGACACCACCGCCCUGCGCCAGCUCUGGGAUCGCCACCAGCACCACCACAUGCCCCGCGAGGCUGGUCCUGGGGGCGAUGAUGAUGAUGACACCCCCAGGGGCCAGUGAGACCCUUGAGAUCCACCCCCAUCGUGUCCCCAGAAGCCACAAGGGCUCCCUGGCUGGUGCUGGGGGAUGCCCACCCUGAGCCCACUGAUGCCAGGCUCAGCACAAGAGUGGGCACUGUCAGUCCAGUGCCUCUGCCCCCUUGCUGGGCUGGGGACCAGCCAAAUGUCCCCCAGCCAGCCCCUGCUCCCCAACUACCUGCCAGCUCUUGGGGCUUCCCACUUUGCUACCUCUGUACCCCCAAGCCCCUGGUGCCCCCAGAAUGGCCACUGCCCUCACACCUUCCAUGAGCACCACAAUGUCCCUUCUUGGGGUGGCAGGGGCAGAGAGGGGCAUCAGGUUGGGGUGUCCACGGGAACAUGGGUGGGCAUUGCCUCCUGUGCUCAGCACCUCAUGGCUGGGAAGAGAGGGUCCUGCUGCCGCUCUGCCAUGCACUUCUUCCCAUGUAAAUACAGAGAUUUUUAUAUUAAUUUAAUAAAAGGACUUUAUAAACAGAGCUGAA